CGCAGCACGGUGGUCUCCGUAGUCACAGCCUGUCGAAGAUGUCUCUCCCUAUUAACCAGGGCGACUUCCAGCAUAUCCAGCGUAUUUGCAACACUAACGUCGAUGGACGUGUCAAGGUUGCUUACGCUUUGACCGCUAUCAAGGGUAUUGGCCGUCGUUUCGCCACUCUCAUCUGCAAGAAGUGUGAGGUCGACACCAACAAGCGUGCUGGCGAGCUCACUCAGGAGGAGAUCCAGAAGAUCGUUCAGGUCAUCUCCAACCCUCAACAGUUCCGUAUCCCUCAGUGGUUCCUCAAUAGACAGCAUGAUCCCGUCGAUGGUACUUACUCUCAGAAGUACUCCAAUCUUUUGGAUGCUUCCAAGCGUGAGGAUUUGGAGCGUAUGAAGAAGAUGCGUCUCCACAGAGGUCUCCGUCACUACUGGGGCAUCAGAGUCCGUGGCCAGCACACCAAGACCUCUGGUCGUGGUGGUGUUCAUGCUGAUGACUAAGCACAGAGUAGCGAUCAUUACAGUAACGAUUGCUGCUUAUGGUUGAAAGGUCUACACUUCGAAGGCUUUGUACUCCGCCGGC